AAUUGAAUCCUUCUAAGGAGGAGUUUCGAGGAAUCACACUCCACUCUUCCAAACAAUCAUCCUUUAUCCUUCACGUUCCCCUGCUGCUUUCCAGAGCUAAAUACUUCCACUUUAAGAAGCUGGCGUAGUGUCCUCACCUCAUAGACACCGAAGCUUUGAAGGACACACAGGCAGCAAGUUCAUCCGUGGAGAUACUGCAAGGCGAAAGGGAAGGAGUUUGCAGCAGGAGUGCAAGUGCCAUCAGUGGCUACUAGUGAGCUUGUUGCUGGGCAGCAGGCACUGCCAGUACAACCAUGAAUGGGCAUCAGCAGCAACAUCAGCACCACUGCUGGGGAUACGGGCUACAUAAUGGUCCCCCAGAAUGGCAUCAAUCAUAUCCCAUUGCUAAUGGAGACCGUCAGUCACCUAUUGACAUCAUCACUUCCCAGACCAUGUUUAAUCCUGACCUUAAGCCUCUGACUGUAUCAUAUGACUCUUGUAAGUCGCUGAAUAUCUGCAAUAAUGGGCACUCUGUUAUGGUUGAAUUUGAAGAUGUUGACAACAAGAUAGGGAUCAGUGGUGGACCUUUGGCAGUACCAUACCGCUUGAAGCAAUUCCAUUUUCACUGGGGAGUAAAGAACAGCCAUGGCUCAGAACAUACAGUUGAUGGCAAGUCUUUUCCCUCUGAGCUACACCUUGUACACUGGAACGCCUCCAGCUAUGAACGCUUUGAAGAUGCAGCAGCUGCUCCAGACGGGUUGGCAGUCAUUGGCAUUUUCUUGGAGGUUGGUGAUGGUCACCCGCAUCUGAGCAAGCUAACAGAUGCCUUGUACAUGGUGCGAUUUAAAGAAACAAAACAUCAGUUUUCAAACUUCAACCCUGCUAACUUACUCCCAUAUUCCUUGGAUUACUGGACAUAUCCUGGCUCACUGACCACACCUCCACUACAUGAAAGUGUCACAUGGAUAGUCUUCAAGGAAUCUAUCAAGGUUUCUGAAAAACAGUUGGAGAAAUUCCGAAGUCUUUUGUGUUCAUGUGAAGAUGAAGAUGAGAGGAUUCAUAUGGCUGACAACUUCCGCCCUCCUCAGCCACUUAAAGGGAGAAAAGUUCAGGCUUCCUUCAAAGUGUAAUAAAUGAAAAACUAAACAUCAUGUAUUAUAAAGACGUUUUUGUAACUUAUGAAAAUGCAUAAACACAGAACAGCAACUGUGUACAUCUGCCAAAAAUACAACAGCCUGUAAAGUCAAGAGUAUCUAUUCUUCACUGAAGUUUUCCUUGGAAAGAGUAAUGUGCUAAUGGUGUCUUAUUAUUCCGAGGAGAGUACAGCAUUAAAAGAACUAGAAGAAGGGUGCUACACCAUCGGUGGUACUUCAGAAAGUCGAUGUACAUACUGUACCUAUAAUUUUACCCAUAAUACUAAUUUUAGGAUAUCUAAUUAACAAAUAUUUUAAAAUAUUUUAAUAUCAAUUUUUUUUUACUUAGAUGUGUUCUUAAUCAAUAAAGAAUACCCCUCUGGCAGGGGUGAAUGACA